GGGAGUAUCACAGUACCACGUCUGCAGAGUGAAGAGGAGAGGGGGUCAGGAUAGGCUGACGAGAGUCCAGCAGGCAGAGGACAGGAGGAGACAGAGAGCUUUCAUUUGUGUGGAAACAAAAACCUGCCGCAACAUCUGGAGCAAAGCGCAGGCUGAACUCGGACAGCCCAGCAAGCCCCCUCUUUACUUCCUGCCUUCAGGAACGACAGCGAAGUUGAUAACCGUGCGCAAAAAAAAAAAAAAAAAAAAAAAAUCAGUUUAAAAAAACCCUCCCAAGAAUGCACAGACCGGAGAUUUAUCAGUUGAAAUAACGCGAGUUUGAAGUUGCGGACAGGCGCGUUUUUUAUUUUUUUAAUUAUUCAGUUCGUCGAGCCAAGUCGGUCAAGGUGCCUUGUUUUCUUCUUUCCACCCGCAGACGAUGUUUUGACAAAGUAAAAAAAGAAAGAAAGAAAGAAAAACAGGGGGAAGAUUGUGCAGGAACAUCUGCCAAAGUUAGGUGUCCGUUUCUUUUUUCUUUUCUUUUUUUUUUUUUUUUUUCGUGGGUGAAGUGAUGAUACCAGAGGUGAGGCCGGUGGUCCGGCUGCUGCUGCUGGCAGUGGUCUGGGAGUUGAGAGCGCAUGGAGCGACGCAGCGGCACGUCAACCCGGAGUCAUGGCUGCAGCAGUACGGCUAUCUUCCCCCAGGAGAUCUGAGGACCCACUCCCUUCGCUCCCCUCAGUCCGUCUCCUCAGCCAUCGCCACAAUGCAGAGGUUCUACGGACUCACAGUAACCGGUGCCAUCGACGAGAAUACGAUCACGGCCAUGAAGCGGCCACGCUGUGGGGUGCCGGAUAAGUUUGGAGCUGAGCUGAAGAGCAACUUAAGGAGGAAGCGUUACGCCAUCCAGAACCUGAAGUGGCAGAAGAACCACAUCACCUUUUCCAUCCAGAACUACACCCCGAAGGUGGGCGAGUACGAGACCUACGAGGCCAUCAGGAAGGCCUUCAAGGUGUGGGAGAGCGUCACCCCGCUCCGCUUCCAGGAAAUCCCCUACAGCCACAUACGGGACAAAGUUGAGGAGUUUGCAGACAUAAUGUUAUACUUUGCGGAGGGUUUCCACGGCGACAGCAGUCCUUUCGACGGCGAGGGGGGCUUCCUGGCGCACGCCUACUUUCCUGGCAAUGGCAUCGGAGGAGACACUCACUUUGACGCAGCCGAGCCGUGGACAACUGGAAACCAGGAUCUGUACGGGAAUGACGUCUUCCUCGUGGCGGUGCACGAACUGGGCCACGCUCUGGGUCUCGAGCACUCCAACGACCCGUCGGCCAUCAUGGCUCCGUUCUACCAGUGGAUGGACACGGACAACUUCCAGCUUCCUGAUGAUGAUCGCAGGGGCAUACAGCAACUUUACGGGACUUCAUCAGGUCUGCCACCCCCUCCAUUGACACCGCACCCACCUGACCACAACCCUCAGCCCACCUACUCACCAGACAAACCUCACUUUGGUCCCGACAUCUGCGAUGGACACUUUGACACCAUCGGGAUCUUUAGAGGAGAAAUGUUUGUCUUCAAGGACAAAUGGUUCUGGCGAGUUCGCAACAGCCGAGUGUUGGAUGGAUACCCCAUGCCAAUUGGUCACUUUUGGAGAGGAUUACCCACUCACGUAAAUUCUGCUUUUGAAAACGAAGAGGGGAAAUUUGUUUUCUUCAAAGGGGACAAGUAUUGGGUGUUUAGCGAGUCUAUUCUUGACUCUGGUUACCCCAAGUAUCUGAAGGAAAUGGGCUCUGGACUUCCCAAGGAUCGGAUAGACGCUGCUCUCUUCUACACUCCCAACGGACAGACAUUUUUCUUCCGAGCUAACAAAUAUUACCGUUUCAAUGAAGACUCGAGAAGAGUUGAAGACGGUUACCCCAAAUCUAUCGACAUGUGGCAGGGCGUUCCAGAGAACAUCAAGGCAGCCUUUAUGAGUAAAGAUCAAGCGUAUACCUACUUCUACAAAGCCAACAAGUACUGGAAAUAUGACAAUCAGAGGAUGCGUGUGGAGCCUGGAUACCCCAAAUCGGCGCUCCGUGACUGGAUGGGCUGCCCCAACGAGGACUCCAAGACAGACGGCGGGAGAGGCGGUGGCGGCCACGAUAAAGACAAAGAGAAGGAAAGAGAAAGGGAAAAGGAAAAGGGACGGGAGGAUAAGGACAGAACUAGAGCUAAAGACAGGGAAACGGAGAAUAAGACAGAGACGGAGGAAGAGGUGGAUGUGACCAUUAUUGAGACGAACCAGGGGAAUGGAGCAGUGGCUGUGGUGUUGCCACUGUUCCUGCUGGUCUGUGUGAUUGCCACAUUGGCAGCCUUGGUGUUUUUCCGUAUGUACGGCACUCCACGCCGAAUCCUGUACUUCCAAAGAUCUCUACUAGACAAGGUGUAGGUGGGGGAAGAGCAGAAGGAGCAAGGGAGGAGGGGAAUAGGACAAAAUGGGAGCAAAAGUUCGACAGAUAGCCAAUCGAGAGAGAAAGAGCCGAAGGAAUAGUGCGAGACUUUUAUUUUCAAAUAAUCCUACCACUGCCUACUUCAUCCAUCUCUUAUCUCUCAACCACUGUGUUUUCCUCUCCUUUUCUCUCCUUCCCGUCCUCCUGUGGUAACUGACGCCAGCUUGUUGCUGUUUGUUUUAGCCGUUUUCAAUGUCUUACUCGUAGUAUUUGCCAAUGGUAUGGUUUGUGUUCUCGUGAAUUCCCAGUCCCUGCAUUUCCACAACGCAGAGUGAAGCAUGUUUUCUUUGCAUGAGCACCCACCUCCAACCAGUUCCUUCUCUCCUCUUGUUAAGCUUGAGCACACUCAAUAAAACACACACACACACGCACACACACACACACACACGAAAGCCACAUUCAAAUAGUUGUUGCAUUUCUUAGUCUUCCACUCAAACAACAUGUUGGAGCCAGUUUGGACCAUAAAAGGGAAACAAACCAUCUGCUUACGUCCUCAUAAAACAUGACACACACUCACGAGUUCAGUCAUUCACAACGGCUGAUUCGUUACCUUUAUGUUCAGUGAUUAAUUUUGUCGAGAAUGAUGUUGUCAUUAGCAUUAUGACUGUUACUAUUAUUGUUGAAUGUUUUUUUUUUCUUUUUUUUUUGUAAAUUGACAUUAAAACGUCCUGCUGGACAGAGACAUACACUUUGGAAAGUGGCCUUAAUUUUAUACAUGUGGGGACAGUGAAGAGGGGAACGGGGCUAUGUAUGCUUGAAACUUGAUUGUUCUUUUUUUUAAAUAUACAUUGACUCUAUCUCAAAUGAAAAUAAAUUGAAGAUUUAAGAAAAAAAUGACUCCUUUUUUUGUCAUUGUACUUGAACAGUUUUUUUUAAAUUAUGGUGCUACAUUCCUAGUCAGGGGGUAAAAGUAGUUCAACGGUGACAAUAAUAGUAGUGAUUAUGAUUAUAAUGACAACUAUUUGGUUUUAACAAGACUGUGUGUACUUCCUCUUUUCCCUUUUUCAUUUACAUGAAUAAAGUAAUUUUAAAAGGC